AUGGCGGCGUGGGCGCUGGUGGCGGCGGCCGCGCUGGCCGGGGCGAGCGCCGACCUGCCGGUGGGCGAGGCGGAAUGCGGGCAGACGACGUGCCCGCCGGACACGUACUGCUCCUCCUACGACAGCCACUGCCGCCCCUGCUCCAACCUCUGCAACCCCUUGCACCAUAACUUCGAGCCCAAGACGUGCCAAAAUAAUUGCCAAGGUCAUGGUGGUGAAAGAAUUGAAUUAUAA